CUUCGGGGUUUCUCUGCCUUCAGUGACGUACAUUUCGCACGUGCGCAGUACAAAUCAGGUAGCGACAAUGGCGGCUCAGCAACCGCAGCCCGGUACUUCGAUGGCUCAGCCUGGAUUACAACAACCCACCACUUUACAACAACAACAGCAACAACUCAGCCAACAGCAAGACUUUGACCCCGUACAUAGAUUUAAGAUGCUUAUUCCUCAGCUAAAGGAGAGUUUGCAGGUAAAAAAAAAAGCUCGUUUGGAUACAGAACAUCUCAUCCAACAAUUCACCAAAAUACCGCUUUUUACAUUAUAAACUAUAUAUGAAGUGAUUUGUUAUUGUAAAGCUUUAUUAUAUUUACUUGUGUUUAUCGUUUUCAGAAUUUAAUGAAGAUUGCCUCCCUGAAUUUGUCCCAUAACACGUCAAUUGACAACGGCAUGUAAGUUAUCUGGAUUUAUGGUUUAAUAAAUACCAUUGGUCUUGUUUGACAAAUAUCAUUGUGGAAGAUCAGUGUCUGCAUUAUUUAUUUUAUUUAUUUGUUUUUUAACUAUCUGUUUGCUUUUCUCUGGUUCAGCAAAAGUAGCGACACCUCUGUGCAACGCUUUGACAAAAGCCUGGAGGAGUUUUAUGCACUGUGUGAUCAGCUGGAGCUGUGUUUGGUAAGAUCAACGUCACAUACUUCAAACCUUUAAAACAGUAGGGGAGAGUGGGGUAAGAUGAGCCACUUUUUAUAUUUCAGAUCACUACAUCAAGACAAUCAUAGUUUUGUCUCUCAAUGUAUCUGCAGAUAUUUCAAGGCGUUGUGCAUCCCUGCAAACUAACAGAAUGAGUGUAAACAUAACUGUCUUGAUAAUAAAGCAUGCCAAAAAAAAGUGGUCUCCAGUGGUCAACUUGCCCUGUGUAUGGGGUAAGUUGACCAUAGGAGCGGGGUAAGUUGAGCCGUAUCCCUACUACUCCUCCACUCUCCACCCCAGCCUUCCCUCACCUUCUCUCUCCCUAAUUAACAGAAAUAAAGAAUUCACAUUGAUGUGUAUUUUUAUCUAUUAUACACUAUUCAACUAGUACAAUAAUACGUUUUAUUAUUAUUGCAUAUAGCUGCUAAAAAGCUGUUUUGUAAAAAGUCAUUUUAACAUGAGAAUGUCUUUAAGUGAUUCAGAACAUUCACAGCUGUAUUUUUGAAAAGAAACAGUAACACAUUUCAACAAUCUGAACUGAAACUCUGAUCCUCUCAUCAGACUUCAUAACUUUCUCUGUUGGGCCACUUGUUUCAACUUACCCCAGAACUGCUUUAAUGACUUUAUUAGUCCUCUGAGCUAAAAUGGUGGACUUUUAUGCUAAGUUUUUGACCUCGUGUUGUAGCUCAUAGAUACCACAAUUGAUGUAUAAAACAAAUUUAAAAUGAUCUUUUUUGGUCUGAACACAAUUCUAAUAAAACUUAUAACAGACUAAAUUCACUUUUAAGAGUGAAAAAUGUUUUUUUUGGAAAUAAAUGUCUAACCCCUUCACCCAUGAGCUUCUAACCUUCACAGACUCCAUGAAUUGAUGACCAUCUCCUAAAUAUUAAGUCACAUGAUCAAUUUCUUUGACCAUUUCUAAGCAACAGGGGGGGGCUCAACUUACCCUUUGGUUCAACUUACCCCACUCUCCCCUAAUGCUCAUGACAAGAUGUGAGAAUGCUUCACAAUUCACAUAUUCAAUGCAAACUCUCUUGUGUUUUUUCCUGUGUGCAGAGACUGGCCUAUGAGUGCCUCUCCCAGAGCAUAGACAGCGCCAAACAUUCACCCAACCUGGUGCCAACAGCCACCAAGCCAGACACAGUGCAGACAGAGUCCAUGUCUUAUGCCCAGUACCUCGGUAUGAUCAAGUCUCAGAUUUCCUGCGCCAAAGAUAUCCACAAUGCUUUGCUGGAGUGCUCCAAGAAGAUUGCAGGAAAGGGACAGCCUCAGGGAAUCAUGUAGACCCGAGUCUGGCUCUCCAGGACCCUUCUGCUUUUAUUAGUGUCCCAUAAUUUACUGUUAGUUUUGAGCAUGAUGCUUUCCUGUUUCUAAUGUCCCUGUAUAUUUAAAUAUAAAUAAUUGUUUUCUUUUUUUGACAAGUCUGUAAAUACUUCAAACAAAAAGCAUGUCUUGACAUGACCAGCAGGUGGAAGCACAGUUGUACACACUGACUCAAUAUUCAUGUUUUUGUAGCCUCUUUGUAUUUGAUAAUAAAAAACUUUCUAUAAUUAACUCCUUGUUUUGAAAAUCUUACUCAAGAUCUACAAAGUAAUAAGUGUCUAAUGAUAACUGCAACUUUAAUGCGAGAGGACGAUUAAUAAGAGUGGAAAAACUAUCAGUUGCUGCUGAAAGUGAUAAUUUGAAUGUAUUUACACUGUUAUCUAUUGCUCAGAGGUUUCUAGAUAGCCUAUCUGCAUGUCAAAGCUUGGAGUUAUAUUAAGGCUGAUACAUGAACACGUGGGUUUGCAGCUGUGAAACAUCUCAGUCCAAUCUGAGUUACUGACGUGCUUCGAUCCAUAAAUAUCACGCUGCGUCACUACCAACUAACACCAGAGGUUCAUCACCAUUCAUCACAACCUUACACAGUUUAUUAAUAUUUAUUCAAUAUGUAUGAUAUCAAAUUUACUAAAUAUGUAUACAUUUGAGACUUCAUUAAUUUCACCCCAAGCUAAGUAUAAUAUGUUGUUUUUUGUUAAUAGAUAUAAAAAUUGAAGCUGGUACAGAUAAAUCUUAAAUUUCCACAUUUUUAUUUUCAUACAAUAGUCUGUGUUGGCAUAUGUUACAUUUAAAACUUGAAAAAAUAUACAAGAACAAGGCAAAUAAUUCUGCGAGUAUCCAGAUAUGCAAUGCAGCAC